UCUAAAUACAGGAUCUAUUUGUAAAUAAAAGAUGAUUCUCUUGGAAGAAUUAGAAUUUACGGAAUACUUUACGCGUUGUUCCAUUUUUCUAGAUGAGUAUAAAUGGAUUUUUCAGCACGCGAAUACGAAAUUUGUCGAAGCGGGAACAUUAGAUAGAAUUCCUGCCGAUUGGAUACGUGACAUGAGCAGUGCUUCCGUCAAGGAAUUUAACGAGAUUCCUUUUGGGUAUAUCAACGAAGGAUGGUGCGACGAUUUCAAAAAGUUUUUACUCUCCGUGCGUGAUUUAUCUGUGCUUUUCAAAUAUGUGAAUUUUCUAGACCUAAACUAUGCCAGAUUGAAGGGUAUCGGUCCGAAAAAAUUGUACGAAAUUGAGAAUUUAACAGCCAUAAUAGCAAACACAUGCAAAGGAGAUGAAAUUAUUUGGGAUUUCGGUUCAGGUCUAGGUUACCUAAGUCAAAAUGUACAUCUCAAGCUCAGACUCCCCGUUAUGGGUAUCGAAGGGGAUCCUUACCGGGUGGAAGCGAGUCUGCAACGACAGACGAAAUACUUUCCUGAUUCGAUCAACAGUGUGAAAUUUGUUCAGCAUUUCAUACAGCCAGACUCAUUCAGUUUUCUCGAAGCCACAUCAACUUCUCUGCUUCCAAAAGAUCGCAUCCCCAAAUAUGCCUUGGUUGGUCUACAUGCAUGUGCCGACCUUUCGGUCACUGCCAUACGGAUGUUUCUUCGUAAUGAACCAAUAACGAAGCUUAUAAUGAUGCCUUGUUGCUACCAUAAACUGAAGCCUGAAAAUCACGACUGUACGAGCUUUUACAAUAUUCCAGUGAGUAUCCAACUUCGAAAAUCUUUGCCACCACACGUUUUGAGUAGACCUUUUCUUCGAUUGGGAUGCCAACAAACAUCGGCCAGAUGGAAGAAAAUGAGCGAAGCAGAGCAUGACUCGCAUGGGAAAGCAAUGUUUGAACGAAGCAUAGUCGAAGCGGUUUUGAAUAAAGACGAAACCGUGGUUGUGAAUAAAAGUAGAAGCUGUGAAAAGAAAAACCUGUUGGACGGAUACACACUUUAUGAUAGUUGUAAGAAAAGCUCGAGAUCAUGGUCUAGUGACCACUCAAAGAAACUAGAUACGCUAUUGACGAAAUAUCCUAACGGAUGUCGUUUAGCGGAGUACUUAACAUGUCUUCAAACGUGUUUACAGUCAAUAUGUGAGAAUGUUAUUCUGUUGGACCGAAUGUGCUACGUUGAAACAGAAGCAACGAAAUCAGGGCUUGAAGUACGAAAACAAUUGCUUAAAUUAUCCAACGACGAACUUUCACCGCGGUGUUUCGUAUUUAUUAUCGAAAAAAUAAAAUGACUAGAUAAACCCAGUACAAGCAGUUUCAUU